UUAAUGCGGCCAGGUGUGCUUGAGUCGCACACAUACCCCACAUACAAACCACAGUCGUCACUCAGAGCAAGGGGGAGCCUCAUUGAGCAUACGAAAUAAAACAUCAACUACGCAAUCGGCCGUCGGCCUCCCAUCGGACGGCGCCUCCCCUGCCACACCUGUCAGCCCGCGGCAGGGGGGGAGCCCAACUCACCACACUUCGACUUGGUCCGGUCGUGUGUUUCCGUCGCACACACAGCUCACAUACUAGCCACACAAAAAACCAACUUCGCUUGCGGGCGGCCCGGCCGGCCGACCAUGGUUUCACGGUCGGCUCGGCCCCCCGCGGCCUCCCAUUGGACGGCGCCUCUCCUGCCACACACAUCACCUGGUGGCAGGGGGGAGCCCAACUCACCACAUUUCGACUUUAUUUCGGUCGUGUGUGCUUGUGUGUCACACACAACCCACAUUCCAACCACCCAAACAACACACAAACAGCAUUGGGAGGGGGAAUGCUGUUGGGGUGUUGAAGUGUUUGUGGAAGGGGUUUUUCUUUUUCUUCCUUACUAUUUUUGGUACUCUUGGUACUCUUUUUUUGUCUUUUCUUUUUUACCCAGCAUUUUUAUUUAUCAUGAUUAUUUUGUUAUUCUUUUCUUUAUUUCUUUUUUUCUUGGCAAAUACUAUCCUAGCAACUGGGAACGCCGGCAGCGUGCACGUCAAUGCUGGCCGGCACUUCAACCAACCAAGGCAGCUCAUUGCUUGACCUGCACAAGCCCGCGUCCCCACGACUUGCGCCGUUGGGAAGCCCUGGCUGGUUGAAGUGCUGGUCCAGUUACACCAGUGUCUCCCGAGGCAUCUGGCUUCUU